UUGAGACUGUAUCACGAAAAUAUGCCUGGGCCAGCAAAAAUGCCAGCCGCCAGUGGCGGUAAGUUGCCUCCAACAUCGCCAAAAAUCAAAAGCGGCAGCAGUUCGUUUCAGAUGCCGACAUCGUCAUCGUCACUACCACUAAAAAGCAAAAGUGGCUCGGGAUUGAGAAUUCUUUGGAUUCCUGGGCGUAGGAAACACCACGAUAAAGGUGCCUACAAGCCAACCAAUUAUAAUAUUGAGCAUAAACACGGAGACCGAAAAAAUGAGACGUGGAACUUAGGCGGUUCAAAAUCACACGAAGACAUACUUACUGGCAGCAGUGACAAAGAAGAUCAUUGCGAUCCGUUGACAUCGAGACCGGCAUCAACACCAGCGUCAAAUAUUUUACCAAGCGCUACAUUGGGUGUGACCACCGUCGACAACUGCUCCGGAUCCGAAUCCGAAAUCAAAUUAGAAAAAUGUGUAAUUAAGGACAUUCACUAUGUAAAAUACAAUAUAAGAGAUAGUCUACAAAGUUUAACAUCGGCUAAAGAAAAUAGCGCACAGUCAACGAAUGUUGGUGAUGGUGAUGAGAAACGGAGCGCCCCUGAUAGCGCUGGACGAAGUUACACAAAAUUCGACACAGAUUUCGACUCGAUCGAGCGUAUUGACGACUUGGACGGGCAACCGAAACUGUCGCAUCAGAACGGUCUGCGACCAAAAUCAAAAUGCACAAAAUCAAAGGAAGAUAAAACCGUCAAAUGCCUUUACUAUACGAUGAUGUGUUGCGAAUGUACCAUAUCUUGAAUAUCACGCUAUUUCUAUUUUGCACCAUACUCGGCACCCGAAUAAUAUUACAUCGCCAAACAUAUCGAAACUAGUGUGGACGGUGCAGCAUGCAUUUUACCCACAAAGUUUGUACGUACAUAUCGUCAACGCGUGCAUAUUUAUAUUAUCAUCCAAAUCGAAUGUAAUUCUUUAUAAAUUUUAUCAUAGCAGAUAAGUUUUACUUUCCAGUUUACAGGAAUAGAAACGACCAGUUUUUUUUAGAAUUUUACAA